AAUAGUUCGAUAAGAACAACGCUUGUGAUUUCGCGUGUAGGUCUAAAUAAAACUUUUUUUUUGUAUGCGAUUUUUUCGUCAUAGCAAAGUACGGUUUCAUUAAAACAUAAAUGUUUUUGAAUACAGUUUACAAAUUCCAAUCAAUGUACAUUUUUCGAGGAUUUCGCAAAUUGUAGAUUUUUUUUAUAUUCUCGAUAAUGUUUGGUUAAAUUUCGCGGCUGCAUUAUUCCGCUCGGAGAUUCCGAAGUUUUAAAUAAAUUAAAAAAGUGGGUAAAGCGAUAAAUUAUCGUUCAUUCACAAUAUUCCCUGGUGAUUGUUUCAUGUGAAAUGGAUGUUCGCUAGAUAUUUACAACCAUUACUCGGUUUCGGAGGCGAGCUUCGUGACAAGCGUGGAGGAGUCUUGUCGAGUUGACCAAUGUACUCAGACCCCACCGAGCGGAAAAAGCAGGCCACGCACCUUACAAAGGUAUCACACUUCUGACCACAUCUACGAGAGAUCUGCGUACAGGAAACACAAGCACGAGCACUACCAGUUAAUGACAAAGAGCCCAAGCUAUGAUGGACAUCCGAAAUUUAAAGUAAGCGUGACGGACAGCCCCACGAUCUCCCUAACGCCUCCACAUAGCUUGGAGUACGUUUGCCCUCGUGGGGGUACCAGCCCCAACGGCAGUACCACACCGAACGGGUUCUCGAACAAGUCUGCAGCCACCGUGCUACUGAAUCCUAGUUAUCUGCAGAACCCCUGUCAAUGUAACCAGUCUAUAAAGAGCAUCAGUGAAGUGGCAUUAGCUAUGCCUGUCGCAAACUGGAACGAGCUUCCGGCUGACACGAUCGGCUCCGAGGGCCUGUCGUGGCGAAGACUUCACAUGUCCAGAGCCAAGCUCAAGGCCACGGCUACUACAUCAGAAUUAUUAUCAGGAUUCGCUAUGGUCGCAAUGGUGGAACUACAAAUCAACGAGCCGACGAAUGUUCCCGAAUGGCUGUUCGUGAUGUUCGCCGUUUGCACAACGGUGCUCGUCGCUGUGCAUAUAUUCGCUUUAAUGAUCUCUACAUAUUUAUUGCCUAACAUCGAUGCAGUGAGCAAAAUGGAAACGCCCGGUGGUCCUACAAGAGCUCUGAGGGAUUCACCUCAUGAGCGAAUGAGGGGUUUUAUAGAACUGGCUUGGGCAUUUAGUACAGUUUUAGGUUUGUUCUUAUUUUUGGUGGAAAUUGCAAUACUCUGCUGGGUGAAGUUUUGGGAUUAUUCAUUUGCUGCUGCAACAGCAGCAACCGUAAUUGUUAUACCAGUGUUAAUAGUUUUCGUGGCGUUCGCGAUACAUUUCUAUCAUUCGCUCGUUGUACAGAAGUGUGAGACCACCGUCAAAGACAUUGAACAGCUCGAAAAUAUGAAGAGAGAUCUCGACACGGCAACUGUCAAAGUGAACAUGUACAACUGAAUAACCAAAGUGAUCUAAGACAAUUUUUCGACGGUUAUAAAUUUAAUAUAAUAGUUAUUAAUAAUUGAGGCCGUCAGCCCAAAGUGGCCUAAGCUUACCAUAGUUAUUAUGGAGCAAUGGAGGCUUAAGAUUUCUUGAAUUUGAAUUUGAGGUUAGUUAAAAAAAAACAAUAUCUAUGGGUCGAACUAUGGAUAGGCCGGUUUUGCAUCAAAAUUUAUUAUAUUUUAAAUACAUUGCAAUAUACAUUAUUAUGAAAAAUUGUGGGUUAGGCCACUUUUGUGCUGACGACCUCAAUUAUUAUCGUUGGAAAUUAAAGUUCAUACGCUGCAGUUCAACUGUUACCCCUAUUACUGUUGAUUAAUUGUUAUUAUUAUACUAUUUAUAUUUAAUUAUUAUUAAUCAAUCGAUUAUUAGCAUUAAUAGGGACGUAAAGUAUAUUUUUGUAUGUGUUGUUCAAAAUCUGAAAUAUAAUUUGAAAGCCGUUCAGAAAUAGGUAAGUUAGAAUGGUUUUAAGUUUGUAAUCGAAGUUCGUUGUCAAUAACAACAAAAAAAAAAAAUACGCACUGCAGUUUGUGAGAUCAUGAUCUAUAGUAGGCGAGCAUCUGCGAGAGAAAUCAGAUGUGCCCCCUUCACACACUCGUCUUUUUAUGCGUCGAUAAAAUGGCAAUUCAUUUUACAACCAACUAAUUACCUAAUUAUGAAUUAAAUUGGGCAUAAAAUGAAAAUUGAGAAACAGUUCUAUAUGUUCGUAUAUCACUAGCGAAAAUAAUAAAUAAGUAUAGUAGAUACUAUGGAGUUAAUUUAGGCCCAAAAAUUAUCUACUAAGUCCUUGCUAUGAGGAAAUUAAAUAAGGGCCUGAUUCUCAUAUUUAAUUUGUUAGUGUAUUGCUAAAACGAUAUCGGCAUUGCAAAUUUGACGAACUUGUAUUAAAUCUCAACGAAAAAAACUAACGAAUAAUAUAUCGAAUACGGUGUUUUUUUAUAUAACUUAGCGAAUUUUUCAACGAAAAACUUGAUUGUCGAAUUAUUUAAGUAACUAAUGUUACAUUUGAAGGCGUUUAUAAUCUAGGAUUUAAAUCCGUAUUUAAAAAAAAACAUGCCUAAAAUUGACUCAUAUGUAAGUUUGAAGAAUAAGUGAGAUUACAAUUGCAUGGAAAAGUAAUUGAGACUUAAAGUCGAUUUGAUACGAUCAUAGUAUAUAAUAUUAUGUAAUAUGUAGGUGUACAAUUAUUUAAAAUGUCUCAAAGAUUUUCAUAUAGAUAUGUGUCAAGUAAAGGUUGCGAGUACUAAGUGAAAUGAACACAGGGUGCAAAGGUAUCUGAGCCGCAGUAAACUACUAGCUCAAAGUAAAUAACUUCCAACGACAGCGAAGACAUCCUGCUACAGUUCCUCUGGUGUGUUUUAUACUCGGCAUUCCGAGGAGAUUCUUCUUAGGCUAUUCAAUUCAGCUAAAUAAUAAACGUGUAAAAACUAAUCUGUCAUUUUACGAACACGGUUUUUUUUUUGUAUAGUAAUCAUGCUAUGAAUUAUCAGUGUUACAGAUAUAACACGUCAUUUCCGGGAACAAUGCCAAUGCAACCCGUUUUUAUGAACACUGAUAAAAAUUAUAUAGGUAUCUGUAAAUUGUUUAAUUCUAUAAAGGUUCACCUUUUUAUUAAAAUCAUGGUCUUCCUAUUUAUGUUUGAUAGGAAAAACCAUUAGUUAGAACAAAGGAGGAAUAAUUCAAAUUAGAAUAAAAAAGAAAAAAAAAACAAUUCUCACGUCGUCGGUACCUACAACAUAUCGGAAGAUUACCAUAAAAUUUAGAAGAAAGAGCAUUUCGUAUGUAGCUAUUUAUGUCGUACGUCAAAAUCUAUAUAAUUGACGGGAUUAGCGGGAACCAAGUCACCAAGCAAAGGUAUCUCAUAACCAUUGCACACUAUAGAAUUAUAAUAUAUCCUGUUAGCUUAAUCAAUGUUUUCUAUGCUCAUAAGACUGUAAUGUAUUAUGAAUUAAAUUGUGUACGCUCAUUUGAGGAAAGGACCAAUGUAUGUAAGAUCAAAUUGAUAUUAUAUGCAAUGUGAAUUGAAAAUGUAAUAAAAUUUAAUUAGAUCUUGAA